ACAGCUGAAAGGGAAAAGGAGGGGUAAACAUGAGACGGCAGAUCCCGUAACUUGACUGUUGAUACGCGUAUUCUCGCGAGAAUACAACGGAGACAGGCCGUAAUUAGACAACCCGUGUGUCGUUCACCCCGUGGAUGAAUUUUCUGUGGUUCACCCCCACUAAAAAAGACGUAAAAUGAAUUAAUGCCGGCUGCAAUUGACUACAAAGUCGUGCAGUAAUAUGGAUACGACGUCAGACGCUGAAUUUGAAUCAUGACGAUGCGUUGAAGUUCAAUACUCUUGCGUUUGAUUGACGUUUACAGAAACAAAAAUAUCGGAAAGAAAAAUACAAAAAAAGCCGGAAACUAAAAAAGUUACAAUCACUCGACCGACAGCUCUAGUUUAUUCACUAUUACCAGUGUCGUUGAAAUCAAUCUAUUGCACAACCAAAAUGAAUGGUGAUCUCCACAUAAUGAGUCCCGGAGAAAAACAAAGGUUGUACAAAUAUUUUCUGGUAGAUUUGGAGGACCUAAAGGAAGGAGACCUGCAGACUGAGGAAUGUAGCAGCAAGAGCUUCCACCAGGUGGACGAGGAAUCUAAUGGCUCAAUGAACCAGAGGUUACAAAAUAUUGAGUCCUCUGGUAUCUUCCCUCCAUGUCCACUCUUCGUAUCUCAAGUCAGAUGGACAGAGAGAGAAGAAAGCCCAAUACCUACAGAGGAGCACAGGGAAUGUCUAGAUAACCAGCACAACAUGGCAGAAGGUCAAGAACAGAAACCUGUGUCAGACAGGCAGCAUGUGUCCGUACCUGUUUCUGUCUCCCUGGCAGCCCUCGCUGGUCCUGAGGUAUCUGAUGUCAUCUCUGAUGAUCCGGUUAGUGCUGCGGCUCACUUGCAUCUCUUAGGGGAAGCUUUGUCUCUGAUUGGACGCCACCUUCAGGAGACAAAUAAAAUGGUGUGUAUGUCGGGCACCUUAUCUUUACUCUUGGACUCUCUCCUGUGUGCUUUGGCACCACUAAUGUGCCUCACCACACAGAUACCCGAGCUGACGAGUGACACAGAAUGCCCGUUGGCUCCCACUCUCGAGAACAUUGCCUAUGUGAUGCCUGGGCUGUAAGUGGAGACCGAAGAUCCCACUGGAGGACACAACAAUUGUGUACUGAAAGACACUUAAUGUCAAAUAGUAUUUAUUUUAACACAUCAUGUUUGUGGGAGGCAUAUCUCAGCCUGUUAUUUAUACAUACUGCCUUACACUGGUGAUAUGAUUAAACAAGUUGUGUGGACACAAUAGUACAAGUUGUACAUUUCAUUUAAGCAGUGAAAGAGAGAUCUUAUGUCCCUGAAAAAAAUGGACGUGAAACGAAUCUUAACAGUGAAAAUCACGUCUUAAAGACUACAUGAGUAUGAUUAAGUUUUUUUAUUUAUUGAGAGAGAAUCAUAUUUGAAACGCAUUUAGUGUAAACUGAUGAAACAGAAGCUCUUGGUGUGUUUCUCGUCAAAGUCGGUAUAAAUGCAUGCACAGUCAUGUUUGAUUUCACAUUCUUUCAAAUUGUUAAAGCUGAACCACAUGCUCUCUCCUGAAUUGUUGGAAGCUUUAUAUUUGUUUCUUUGACACCCCCCUUUCAGUUACAUCUACCCAGGAUAUAACAUUUUUAAACACAGUUGACCCCAUCUUCUCUCUUUUGACUUCAAAUCACAAGUCACAUCCUUGACAGGCAGUGACGGCCUCACGGGGUGAGGCAGAAAAUAAAGUUGGAGUGAUUCACACAAAGCAAGGGUGUUCCUCCUCCACCCCAUCUUGGAAUGCUUAGCACCUUGAGGACUGAAGAAACCUGUUGUGCAAAAAAAUAUUCUUGAGCCUUCAUUUGUGUGUGGUUAAAGUUGGGAGGGGUUAAAUUAGUUUCUACCCGACUAUGCUAAUCUACCUGAGCAUUCGCCGACUGGUAACCGACAUGUCCUGAAGCUGUCUGGAUGGCGACAUGAUUUAGUUCCCAAUUGUACAAACUUGGAAAAUACCAGAACACGACAUCUUUGAUCUCAAACACACAGAUUAUGAGUGAGAAGAGGUUCUCGUCCCCUGAUCUCAGGGUGAUUCUCCUGGGGAACAUCGGAUGCGGGAAGACCUCGUCAGCGGACACAAUCCUGGGCCAGCUGUCCCACAUCUCUUCUGGCGCCUCGAAGAGCUGCCAGCUGCGGCAGGGCCUCAGCGAGGGCAGGAACAUGACCCUGGUAGAGGCUCCAAGAUGGUACUGGAACGGUGGAAAGAUGGAAGACGGCGUUAGGAAGGAGACUGCACGGGCUUUGACUCUGGUUUCGCCGGGUCCACACGUUGUUUUGCUGCUGGUGCCGGUGAGCCAGUUCACUGAGAUGGAAAGUCGCGUUCCUACUGAGUUGCAAAGUUUGUUUGGGAGAGAGGUGCUGGAUCACACCUUAGUGCUCCUGACCUGUGGUGACUACUUGAUGGGAAAAACAGCAGAGGAAUACCUUCAGACAGAACACCCAGGCCUGAGGCAGAUGAUUGAAUGCUGUGGAGGGAGAUACCAUGUACUUAAUAACCGACGGCGGCAAGACAGAGAGCAGGUCCAUGAACUGCUGAAAAAGGUGGACAGUAUGGUUCUGGAAAACGGGCCGUACAUCAUUAAAACAGACGAGGAGAAGGAGCUGGAGAAACGAGUGAAAGAACGAACUCAUGAACUCAUGGAAAGUUACAGAGCACAAAAGCAAGAGACGACAGCAUCGAGGAGUUUUGACGUGGUCGACAAAGUAGAAGAGCCUGUUUUGGAGAAGAUGAGAGGAGAAGGAAGGGAUGAAUUGGAAAGAAAAGUGGGGGCAAUCCAAGUUUCCAAUGGUCUCAGUUUGGCUCCAGCUCCGGAACCGAAGUCAUAUUCCCAGCCGAAUGCUAAGCAACUGCUUAACAGGACACCCAGUUACAGACUGAAUGCAGAUGGAGCCAUCCUCUCACAAAUGUCCGAGGUUAAAUCAACACCAAAAGUCACGUCAACUUUUCACCACAGAAUCAACAGUUUUGAGGAUAAAACCCCAGAGUCGUCCCCUACGUCCGCUCCUCUUUCGCCCGCCUUCUCUCCUCCCUCCCACUCCUUGCCGAACCUUGACGCCUCUUCAUCUCUGUUGUCACCCCCCUCCUCAUCUACCUCAUCCUCAACCUCUUUGCCCUCAUCCGCUCCGGAGCUGCGCCUGGUGUUGCUCGGGCGAUCCGGAGCAGGCAAGAGUGCAGCUGGCAACAGCAUCCUGGGUCAGGAGGCGUUCAUGUCCAGUUCAGACGGCUUCACUGCCAUCACUCAGAAGUGUGAAAAAAAGAAGGCACUGGUUGAAGGAAAAAGGGUGGCAGUAAUAGACACUCCCGAUUGGUUCAACUCGGAGCAGACUCCGGAUGAGGUGCGAGCUCAGAUCUCCUCCUGCGUCGCUCUAUCUAGUCCCGGUCCUCACGCCUUUCUCCUCUGCGUCCCGUUGGACCAGCCUGCAAAAACCGAGCUGCAAGCUCUCAGGGCGCUGGAAACCGUUUUCGGCCCCGAAGCAGUCCAAAGACACACCAUAGUUCUCUUCACUCACGCAGAUCGAUUGAGGGAAAGCGGGAAAGCUGUAAACGGCAGUGUGGAGGGAUACAUCUCCACCCAGAGGGGGGACUUGUUAAAGCUUGUCGAAAAGUGCAGGGACAGGUUUCACGUGAUGGAAAGAGGGGAAGGUCGGGGGGAGAAGAGGAACGUGGCAGAACUAUUGGAGACAGUGGAGCAGACCAUAAAGGAGGCCGGCGGACAGUGUUACUCUUGUCCGGCUUUUCAGGAGGCAGAAAGUAAAGUCAGGCAGAAACAGCUGGAAAUUUCAAGGGAGAGAAGGGGGGAAAGGCCAGAGCAAGAUACAAUGGGAGAUACCAGGCGGCUGAGCUCUGAGCGGGUAUACAUGCAGACUGUAGACGAGGCAGAAGAGGACCUGAAAGAGGAGGAGAUUGAGAGAACAAGGGAUGAGGCAGAAAUGAGUGUGAGCGCCAUAAACCUUGAUAGCCUUCCCCCUAUUACACGUUCCACCAUGUCCCCCUCGCUGCUCCAAUCGAUUAUGGAGAAAGUGGAAUCCAGCGCAAAGAUGCUGCCCAAAUUGCUGGCGGACAGUUCCGCGUUGGUCGGAGAGGGAGCGAAGAAGAUGCAGAGCAGUCCAGUGUGGGGGAAAGUCGGCAGCGGCGCCCAGAACGUCCAGAAGAUAGUGGUCGACAGCUCCGUCUGGCAAAAGGUGGGAGCUACCGCAGGACAGGUCUCCAAAGCGGUGGGAGAUCGGGUCCCCAAGGUAGUGGUUGACGGUUCCGCGUGGGUGGGAUCUGGAGCGAAAGCCGUGGCAGCAAGUCCGGUGUGGGGGAAAGUGGGCUCGGGGGCCAAAUCCGGAGCAAAGCUGGUGGCAGACAGUUCAGUGAGAGCUGGAGCAGGGAUCGGAACCGGGGCGAAGAAGGUGGCACAGAGUCCAGUGUGGGGGAAGGUGAGCUCCGGGGCAAAAGCAGGGGCCAAAAUGGUGGCCGAAAGCUCAGUGUGGGAGAAAAUUGGGGCUUAUGCUAAACAGGUGCCAAAGGUGGUGAUCGGAGGUGCAAUUUUGGGUCUUGUACUGGGUGUGUUUUUGGGUGGAGUGAUUGGUGGAGCUGUAGGGGCAGCCGCUGGAUCAGCUGUCACUGAGGUGGGGAGACGGAAAUUAAAUAGCAAAGGCACAGCAGAAAAUACGGAUGAGACCGCAAGAAAUGUUCAGGGAAUGGUGAACAGUGUCGGUGAAACGAUGAAAGGAGGAGGAAAAAGUUUGAAAACCGAAUGAAGGACUUUAUCUUUGGGGAAAUGUGUUGAGAUUAUUCUUAACUUCAGUUUUAUCUGUGUUCGCAAGAUUCAUUCUAAAAGUUAGUUGAAUAUUGAUUAGUUAUUUUUCUUGCUGUUUAACUGUAUUAUUUGAAAAGACUUGUUUGUUCUUCAACUAAAUAAAUUGAGUCAUUUAGAUGGUUUGCUGGUUGAUAUGAAAAAAUGCUGAUACUUUUCUUGAAACAUAUUGGCAAGUUUGUGAAAUAAAAACUAUUAUAAUAAUUAUUCAUAUUCUGGGACAGCUUUGGGAAAUUGAACAUAACGAACACACAGUCUCUUGAUUCUAUAAACCUCUGUGUCUCAAUAAAAUCCAA